AUAUUAUAAAACACCUGAAGUUCCAAGUUCAUAUUGCAAAGUUUUUUUUUAAAUAUAUAUCAUCAUGAUCAUGAGGAUAUCUAUGGCUAUGUGCAAACAGCCAUUGGCUCCUUCGACGGCGUUAAACUUCCCCCCGGCAAACUUUGGUCCCAAUAUGCUAACUCUAAGCCCAUCCGGACCAAAGGAUAAAGUCGUGGUCAUCAUGGGUGCUACCGGAACAGGCAAGUCACGUCUCUCCGUUGAUAUAGCCACUCGUUUUCCAGCAGAGAUCAUAAACUCCGACAAGAUUCAAGUUCACCAAGGCCUUGACAUUGUCACCAACAAGAUCACGACCGAGGAGAGUUGCGGGGUACCGCACCAUCUCCUAGGUGUCUUACCUCCUGAAGCUGACUUAACCGCUGUAAACUUCCGUCACAUGGCGAAUCUCUCUGUUGAAAGCAUCCUCAGUCGUGGAAAGCUUCCAAUCAUCGUUGGAGGUUCGAACUCAUAUGUUGAGGCUUUAGUGGACGACGAAGACUACAAGUUCAGGUCGAGAUAUGACUGUUGUUUUCUAUGGGUUGACGUGGCACUUCCCGUUUUGCAUGGAUCUGUGAAUGAGAGAGUUGAUAAGAUGGUGGCAAAUGGAAUGGUCGAAGAAGUUAGAGAUUUUUUUGACUAUUCAGAUUCUAAUUACUCGAGAGGGAUCAAGAAAGCAAUCGGAGUUCCAGAGUUCGACAUGUUUUUCAGGAAUGAGCCGUUCUUAAACACGGGAGACAGAGAAGAGUUGUUGAGUAAAGUGGUAGAUGAAAUAAAGAGAAACACUUUCGGGUUAGCUUGCAAACAGAGAAAUAAAAUCGAACGGUUGAGAAAGAUCAAGAAAUGGUGUAUUCAGAGACUGGAUGCGACUCCGGUUUUCACGAGGCGAAGGUCAAAGGUGGAUGCUGACGUGGCGUGGGAGAGGCUGGUGGCUGGACCAAGCACCGACGCUGUGUCACGGUUCCUACUCGACUUUACCAGUCCUCAACCGCUAGUGGAAGCAUUAACCGCGGUGGCUAGGGAGCGUGAGAUGUCGCGGUGCCUAGUGGUGUAAUAAUCGGCUAUAACCACAUAAAGAUAAGGUUGGAUCUUGGAAAUGUGGUUAAUAUAUGCCAAGUCAUUUUGGUAUUGAUGGUGUGGCAAUGGUCAGCGAUAUUCAAGACUGCGAUGAGUGGAGAAAUUUUUUAUAAAAUAAAGUUAUACCCAUGGCUAUAUAUCGUAUAUAGUAAGUAUUGGGAGAUACUGAAAUUUUGGCAUAACGAUUAUUCAGUAUUAUCUUCUACUUUUUUUUUUGAUGCAAUUGAGACUGUAAGUGGAAUGCUAUCAUUGGAAAUGAGACUUGCUCGCCUUGUUAACUAUUUGAUUUUAAUAACACAACGACUAAACUGAGUGGGGCUUAAAGUUGGAAAUUUUAUAUUCUUUACAUAGUGGAUACUUUAUACAACAUUUGUGUGAUUUCUUUAAAUGUAAAAUGUUUAACGCAGACACACGUACGCACAUAUGUAGCAAUAGUUCAUAAUAGUAUUAUCAACGAGCUGAUUAAUAAUGAACUAAUAUUCAGUUGCGAUACACAAUGGCAUUAUGAAAUACGAGAUUUACAGCCAAAAUAAUUGAUUAGAAGGGGGACAAAUAUUUCACAUAUAUAUUCAAGUUAAGAAAAUGAAACUGAGCUAUAAACGUUAACCACUCAAAACAAAUAAUAAUAAUAUGAUCUGUCGACUGAGCUAAAAAAACAACGAUAGAGAAGUCUGAUACUAGUAGUAGAUUCUUUUAACUUUUAAUUCUUUGGUAGCAAAUGAAAAAGGCCGUACAUGUAAGAAACAUUACCACACGCCUGAAGCCGUACAGAGAAGCCGUUGACAAUAAUGUAUGUUCUUAUUUCUAUUUUAAAGUGGAUCCCACAUAUCUAUCAUAGUAGAUUGUAAAUGCGGUCUUAAUUGGAGUCCAUCCGUUUCUUUUAUUAUUCUCUUUUGCCCGUGUGCAAUUGGCGUCUCUCUCUAGUCUCUAUGCGGCUGGCCGAGUGCUUAAUAUAUUUAUCAUCUACCGUUACUAGAUUUUUUGUGGGUCAAGUAACAUUUCUUAAGCAAAGUAUAUAUAUUUUCCUGAAACAGAAAUUAUCACUUAUCACUCCAUACACACACACACAAAAAAUUAAGAGAUAAGCUUUUUAAUAUAUAUAUAUAUAUAUAUAUAUAUAUAUAUAAAAUAUUAUAUGGUUUUUUACUUUGAGACAAUUAAGAAAUAAGUUUUUUUUAAAUAAAAAAUUAUAAGAGAUAAGGAACAAAG